CUAGUUAGAGAGUAGUGAAAGUCUCAACUAUCAAACCAAUACCCAUUGGUAACGAUGGCUUCCAAGCAUACCUCAAACCUCCUCUCUCUUGCCUGUAUGCUUGUCAUUGUAGUGGCCUCAAAGGCCGCCGUUGAGCCAAGCCAUCCCAUCGAUGCUGUAAGGCGAAGCAGCUUUCCUAAAGGCUUUGUUUUUGGUUCUUCCUCUUCUGCUUAUCAGUAUGAAGGUGCUGCUUUCAAGUAUGGAAAGGGUCCAAGUAUUUGGGAUACCUACACUCACCAACAUCCAGAGAGAAUCGCGGAUGGUAGUAACGGAGAUAGAGCUGCUGAUUCGUACCAUCGUUACAAGGAAGAUGUUGCCAUUAUGAAACGGAUAGGUUUUGAUGCCUACAGAUUCUCAAUAAGUUGGCCGAGACUUUUGCCAAAGGGAAAACUUAGUGGUGGGGUGAAUACGCAAGGAAUUGUGUACUACAACAACCUCAUCAAUGAGCUCCUUGCCCAUGGCAUUAAACCCUAUGUCACACUUUUUCAUUGGGAUCUCCCCCAAGCUUUACAAGAUGAAUAUCAAGGGUUCAUGGACGAUCGAAUUAUAAAUGAUUUUCGAGAUUAUGCUGAACUUUGCUUCAAGGAGUUUGGAAAUAAAGUGAAGCAUUGGAUCACCUUCAACGAACAAUACAUUUUCAUCACAAAUGGUUAUGUGUUUGGACAAUUUGCCCCUGGCCGAUGUUCUUCUUGGCAACCAUUUAAUUGCCUUGGUGGAGAUUCUGCAACCGAACCAUACAUUGUUGGUCACAACCAAAUUCUAGCUCAUGCUGCAGCUGUUAAUGUUUACAAGACUAAAUAUCAGGCCCACCAAAAAGGGGAAAUUGGUGUCACAUUGUUUUCGAAUUGGUAUGUCCCAUAUUCCGAUGCUAAAGAAGACAAAGAAGCUACUAGUCGAGCUUUUGAUUUUUCUCUUGGUUGGUUCCUGCAUCCUCUCGUCUAUGGAGAUUAUCCAACCAGCAUGAGAACUCUUGUGAAGGAGAGAUUGCCCAAAUUCACAAACGAACAAAGAAUUUUGAUCACAAAUUCUUAUGAUUUUAUUGGCAUAAACUACUAUACAGCUAACUAUGCCAAAUUCGAUGCGAAUGCAACUAGUGGAAACACGAGCUAUGUGAAUGAUAUUCGCGCCACUCUUUCUACGGAUCGUGAUGGAGUCUCAAUUGGUCCAAAGGUGAAUGCAUCGUCCUGGCUUGCUGCUUAUCCAGUAGGAUUAAAAAAUUUGAUGAUAUAUAUAAAGGACGUUUAUAAAAAUCCGAUUAUCUACAUCACAGAAAAUGGAUCCCUCGAUUUUGAUAGCCCCCAUGUUGACAAACUACUUAGGGACUUCUUUCGAAUUAAAUACUAUCAUAACCAUCUCAAGAAUCUACGCGAUGCAAUCACGGCUGGUGUAAGAGUAAAGUCAUACUUUGCAUGGUCGUUGUUGGACGUUUUUGAAUGGUCGAGUGGAUUUACUGUGCGCUUUGGUGUCGUCUACAUUGAUUACAAACAUAACUUGACGAGAAUCGCUAAAGACUCAUCAAAGUGGUUACACAAUUUCCUAAUCACCUAAAUAUGAUUCGCAAACCCUCCAAUGCCAUUUUCUUCUAUCAUGUCAGUAGCUUUGUCAUGCAACCGUAACGAUCGGUAGAAGCAAUUAAACCUCUUAUCUUUCUAUUUUGGGUUUGGUAUUAAUAAAUG